AUGAACAAGUAUAUGAGCUCAAGUAGUACAAUUUUAAAUAACAAAAGAAAUGUUAAAUAUGAAAUUAAAAAAAAUAUAACAACCGAAAAAAAUGAUGGUAUAGAAGAAAACAAAAACCCGAAUGACGAAAUAUAUAAUCAAAUAAAAACGAAUAUAUUAAAAUUGGAAAAAGUAUUCCUGGAUAAUGUCCUUUUACAAGUUAAGCGGAAAAAUAUCCCAGGAACAAAAAACUCUAUUGAAAAAUCUGCAAUAAAUGAAUUAAAUAAAUACAAAAAAAAUAUAGAACUUUUAAAAAGCAAAGUAGGUAUAGAAGAUAACACAAACAAAAUAGUCAAAUUAGAAAAUAAAUUAAAAGAAAAUGAAGAAGUAUUACAAAAAUUAAAUAAUGACAAAGAAGCUUUAGAAAAUAUAUCUAAACAACAAUUAAAAGCUAUUGAUGAAAUAUGUCUAAAUGAAACUCAAUUAUCAAUACAAACAAAAUAUGAAGAAAUUAGACAGCUAAAGGAAGAUCUAGUCAAAUUAAAAAGUGUAUAUAUGGAUAAUGAACAUAUUUUAAAAAAAAAACAGGAACAAUUAAUUAAUAUUGAUAGCCAAUUAAAAAAAAAAAUUAUUUAUAUUAAAAAUGCAAAAAACUCAAACAAUAAUAAUAACAUUAAUAAUAUAAAUAAUAAUAACAACAAUAACGCUAGCAAAAUGUUGUCAAGUAUACAAGUUCAAACACUCAAAACUCAAAUAGAUAUGAUAAAUGAAAAUAUAAAUAAUGAUACACAAAUUUAUGAUCAGAAAAUCCAAAGCCUCGAAAAGAGCAUAACAUCCUCGGAAAAUGACAUUGAAUUUUUAAACUCACAAAUUGCCGAAAUAAAGAAGAACAUUGAUAACAUACAAUCAGACAUAAAAAAAAUGAGACGCCAGAAAAAGGAAAAAUAA